AUGAAUAUUUUAACAUCAUAAAUACAAUAAUAAAAGCCUGAGGUUCUGGAAAUGGUGUGUUAAAUUCAUCAACUUGAGAUAAUUGCUCUAGAUCUUGACACAUCUGAAAAGGGAUAGUUUUAAUACCUAUGCUGCUAUUGUUUAGUUGACAAAAUGAAUAAUAACAAAAUAUCAACUAUUGAAUAAACAAAAGAUAGGAUAUCAUCUCUUAAAACUUAAAAAAAAGAAAAUAAGACUAAAGAGAUCCAAAAGAGGUUAGAUUACUUCAAAAACAUACUUGAUUAAAUUAUGGAUUUCAAAAAUACUGUUGAAAAUACCUUGGAAAAACUUUAUAGUCAAAUAAAAGCCUAAAUUCAUACAGUAUAAUAGGAAAAAUAAUUGUUAUUAGAAGGCGUUUAGGUCUAGCAGAAUUUUUAAGACGAUGUCAAAUCAUUAUCUUAAUUUCUUUCAUCAGAAUACCAAGGUAAAUAAAUCGAAUUUUAAUAAGAUAGCUAAUUUAUUGAUGAAAUUUUUAAAUAAUUUGAACUCUUAUUUAAUAACGCUUCAUACUUUUAAACUAUCGACGCAUUUAAGGAUGCUAAAUAGAAGAUCAAUGAAAUAAAUGAAAAUUUUUAAAUUGAAUUAAUGCCCCAACAAAAUAAAAAUAAUUAUGUAAAAUUUAUUUUUAUUUUAGAAAACUCCAAGUUUAAACAAAAUUUGCCCUAUGCAUAAUAAGGAAAUUAUAAUGAUUGAUAUGGAUACAAAGAAAAAAAAAGUAGAUGAUAGAUUUGCGUGUGUUGAUUGCAUAAGUGAUCAUCCACAUUGUUAAUAUAGAACAAUUGAGAAAGUAAAUCAGGAAUGGAAUUCUUAAAAAUAACAAUAAGAUCGAGUUUUAAAUGAUUUGAAGUUAAAAAGGAAAGAGAAAUAAGCAAAAUUAAAUUAAUAAGUUGCUUUGAUUAGAAAAAAUUACAAUUAAUAAAUAAAUGAAAUCAGUGAAAAAAUAAUUACAGAAUUUUCAACACCAAUAAAUUAGACAAAUGAUAUUUGCAAAUUCAAGCAAACCUCUCUCCAAGGAUUAACUAAUGAAGAAUUAGUUUCAAAUAUUAAUUAUUUGAUUGAGUAUGAUAAAGAAAAUCAAUUUUAAGAUUCAAAAAUUGUUUAUGCAAAAUCUAAGGAUCUAUUAUUUGUAAAAGAGAUAGAAAACAAAUUGGAGCACUUAAAAUAGCAUAAUUAAUUAGACAUCUAAGAGUCAUUAAAUAUUUUAAAAGAAGAUAAUCGAAUUCAAGGGAUCAACUUAUUAUUCUAACAAAUUUUGGAGUCCACUAAAGGAAAUUAAGAAUAAUUAAUUUUAAAGCAAGAUUUAGAGGAGCUCUUAAAUUCUUCUAAAUAAAUUUAUUGCUAAUAGGGUUUAUUUAAUCAAACAAUUCACAAAUUUUAAGAACAUCUUAUAAAAAUUAAUAAUAUUAAUAAUAAAAUGAAAUAAAUUCCUGAUCAUAUAAAUCUUACAUUCUUUCAAAAAUGUGUUCAAGAUUAUACUGAUAAAUUUCAAAAUGAUUUUCAUUAAUUAAAAAAAUUUUGUGAUAUUGAAAAUUUAGAGAACAAGUUAAACGCUUUGCAGAUAGACUACAAGAAAUUAGAAUAAGAGAGUAAGAAGAUGAUUGAUGAUUAGAAUAACAAAAUAGAUUAGCUUAAAGAAUUUGA